AUGUCUUCUGCAACAGAACAGACGAUUGACGCACUGGUGGUUGGUGCAGGAUUUGGCGGCGUUUACCAGUUGAAAAAACUCCGCGACCAAGGCCUGAAGACAAAGCUCAUCGAUGCUGCGAGCGAUGUAGGCGGAACCUGGUACUGGUAUGUCACCGAAGUGCUCCAGCGCAAGCUGGAAGUCAUACCUAGGCGCAAUGUCAGAGGCUACUUGCGACAUGUCUCCGAGCGACAUGAUCUGAUCAAAGACAUGGUCUUCGAAGCUGCUUUAGAAUCGGCCGAUUGGGACGAGGCAUCUUCCUCCUGGAUUGUUGAGACGUCGGCCGGAAUCACUUUCCGAACGCGUUACCUGGUGACAGCGCUUGGCAUAUUGUCAAAGCGAAAUGUCCCUGAUAUCGCUGGACUGUCGUCCUUUGGUGGAGAAAAAUUCCACACCGCCGCAUGGCCAGAAAAUGUCGCAUUGGAGGGGAAAAGAGUGGGUGUUAUUGGUAAUGGAAGUUCUGGUGUUCAAGUUGUCACUGCAAUUGCCAAAGACGCCAAACACAAACACCUCAUCUCUUUCCAACGCAAUCCUCAGUACAGUGUACCAAGUGGUCUGCGCCCGGUACCAUCCUCAGAGCGCCAGGAGAUCAACGAGAAAUAUCCCGAGAUUUGGAAAGAAGCUUUCGAAGAGAGCGCCUUUGCCUUCGGCUUUAAGGAAGCGAGUCGAAAGACAUUUGACGUAGAUGAGAAAGAGCGCAACAGGAUCUAUGAAGAAGCAUGGAACAAGGGCGGUGGAUUCCGGUUCAUGUUCGAAACAUUUAGCGACAUAACCACCGACGAAGCAGCUAACAAUGCCGCGGGCGACUUCAUCAAAGCCAAGAUCCGAGAGAAGGUCAAGGACCCCGAAAAGGCGAGGAAGCUUAUGCCAUCAGAGUUUUACGCGCGGCGGCCGCUCUGCGACACUGGCUUCUACGAACAAUUCAACCGUGAAAACGUCGACAUUGUAAACCUCAAGGAGACGCCCAUCGAACGCAUAACUGAGAAGGGCAUACUUACAUCGGACGGCAAGGAACACGAGCUGGACGUUUUGAUUUUUGCCACAGGCUUCGAUUCCGUGGACGGUAGUUAUACACGCCUCGCCAUAAAGGGCAAGGAAGGAACCUUGAAAGAUUACUGGAGCGCUGAGGGUCCUACCUCCUACCUUGGUGUCAGCGUGCCCAGCUUCCCGAAUCUUUUCAUGCUCGGUGGUCCAAACGGCCCCUUUUCCAACAUCCCGCCCGCCCUUGAGGUUCACGCCAGAUUCAUCAGCGAUCUGAUCGAAUCCGCGGAAGCUAAGCGCAAAGCGGAGUCUGCCCGAGCACCGGUCAUCGAAGCCACACGUGAAGCUGAGAAAGGUUGGACAGAUCUGUGCAACCAAGUGAGUGCUGGGAGUCUUUUCCGCAAGACCGAGUCGUGGAUGUUCGCGGCGAACAUACCAGGGAAGAAACGUUACAUUCAGUUCUGGCUAGGAGGAUUAUCGGGCUUCGGAAAACAACUGCAAGACAUUGCAGCACAGGGUUGGAAGGGCUACUCUAUCACACCUGCGGCAUCAUGA